AUGGCCGCGGCGUUGGUUGCACCGAUGCACCAGCAGCUCGCGACGUACGGCGCUCGACACGCCAAGUGCCACACCCAGGUGGCCCAGGACGUACCGGACGAUCUGUUGUUUGGCAAUUUCUGUCUCAAGUGAGUAUCUGUAUUCUGUCUUUCACGCGCCGCAAACAAGCUCGUUCGGCCGCAAGGUGCAAUUCACCUCCGGGCCUGUCGGUCGGUCGCACGAACCACGCGUCGGUUCUCUUCUGCGCGCGCGCUCUCGCGCUUGCGACCACCGCCCCUGCCCUGCGUCGCCCCCGCCGUUCGGCCUGCCGUUGCCCGGGCCUGAGCCAAAUGAGCACGUUUCACCCGGCCGGGCCUCGCGGCGAAUGCUCUCGUGGCCCCGCAUUCGCAUUCGCCGUCGGGCGUACAUGCGCUGACUUUACUGAGUGUGGGAAUGACAUGCUGACCACGUCCAAUAUUUUGGUAUCCUUUUAUUUUGUUCGUCCUUGCACCGAAAAUAGCUGCGGGAACGAAGCCCCGUCGGAUUCGCCGUACUGCUCAGAGGAGUGUCGCCAGCACGACUCUGAACAUGAGUCCGCGCCCGAUUCGCCCUCGGUCCUGCCGGCUCUCGUCCCGUCUGCAUCCAAGUCGACAUGGUCAAGCCCGUCAUCAUCAGCGACGAACUCGCCUUCACCACGUGGGAUGGUCGCCGAUGCGGUGCUCCACGAAGACCCGCCGCGACUCGACCUCGGCGCCCCCGUUACGAUGUCAAAAUUUUACGGUGGACAAAGCCUGCCGAUAGCGAUGCGAUACCCGACGUCCAAAAGCUGGAAGGCAUCGCACGUCGACUACCCGGCCGCUGGCCCGCACGACGUCGACCCCAAGGCCUCGCCGCAACAACCUGCAUCGGACCUGCACUUUCGUCGCCGAGCCAGCAAGCCUCAGAUCCCAGCACCCCUCUUUUACCGAGAGCGAGCGGCCCACGUACGGUCUUCACCCGCUCUUGGACCGAUAUCACCGACGAAACCGACGUUCUGGUCGCCCCAGCUCGCACCGACGAGUGACAUCACCUCGCUGGCGCUGCCGCCACUGUCGUCAUUGGCCGCUUCGAGUGCUGCGCUGCCGCCGCCCGUGGUGCGCACCAAAAACUGCGGUCGACCGGGAUGCGUCGGCGAGAUGAGACGCCCGAGAAUAUCCACCUCCGGCAAGUCGUCGAGUCGGACCACGAGCAACAGCAACAACUCGCGACGGUCGUCUGCGAGCGCCGCUUUGCAAUCCACCAUCGCCUACGAUCCGGCCUCUUCGAUCGACAUCCUCAUGUCGCCUCGCAUCCGAGCACUACGAGCCGCCGAGACGGGCCACCUCGCUUCAUUGGACGACCUCUCUCCGGAGGAUUCGACGGCGAGUCAGCCGGCGCCAGCCCACCCGCACCCCGCCGACGAGGCUUCGGGAUCGUCCUCGAGCGAUGACGAUGAGUCAUCCCACACACACUCGGCUUUCGCUUGCUACCUCUUCUCGCACCUCUCGGAGGACAAGAAGCGCGCUUUGAACCUGGCGCGUGACGACCAUGCCGACGAUGGAGACGACGAGGUCGACGAGCGAGUUCCACGUGGCCGCUCAGGGGCCUCGUUCCCCGCCACGUCCGAACGGGGCGUCUCAGUUGAUUCCGCCGCGAUCGCAAACAAGACCCUCGCGCGCCCGACUCGAUUCCUCUUCAGCCGAGGGACGCCCAGCCCAACCCCGGUGGAGGAAGAACUCGACCACGAGCGCACCAUCCGUUCGCGUCAAUCGACCAUCCGAACCAAGAUCGAGCCCGGCCACUUCAUUUCGGCCACGACCGACUCUCCCGGCACUUCCGUCAUGCCCUCGCCCUUCCCCUCCACGCCUUCUUCACCUCCGACCUCUGGCCGGGGUCGAUCCGUAACUCGCCGUCCUUCGCAUUCGGAAACGGAUGUGCUCGGGGACCUUCCAACCGGGCGAGGUCGAUCGCAGCUGCGUGGUCCGGGCGCCGUCCUACGAAGUCUGUCGCCCACCGCUCGUGGAGUCAGUGAAUCGAGUUCACGAGGCCGCCGCUCGUCUUCGAGUCGCGCUCGCGAGAGUGAGAGUCGAGGAUGCGAAUCGCGAGGUCGGGGUCGGUCUUCUCGCAACGCCACCGACGACGAGGCGCUCGAGCUCGUAGACGAAGGGGACGAGGACGAACGAGGCCGAGGUCGGGACCGCAGUUCGUCUGCCUUCCGUUCUCGCGAGAUCAUCAUUUCCGGAGCUGCUUACGGGCACGGGUCGCCGUAG